AUGCAGCGAUCCGACCUCAAGAAGUUGACCCCCCAACCCAAGCCUUACAAGAAGGGCCCCUACACAGUUGAGGCCAAGGGUUACGAGAAGAAGGACGGCGAAACAAUUCCUCGCGUACACCCGUUAGCAAAGGACGGUCUCAUCAGCACUCCCGCUCCCGACGUCAAGACCAUCUACGACAUUCUCCGCAGCAGCUCCAAGAAGUUCGGAAACGCAAAGGCUCUUGGUUACCGCAACCUGAUCAAGGUCCACGAUGAGGUCAAGCAGAUCAAGAAGGUUGUUGAUGGCAAGGAGACCACCGUCGACAAGACCUGGCAGUACUCGGAGCUCAGUGGCUACACAUACCUCAGCUUCGUCGAGUAUGAGCAGCUCUGCUUCAAGCUUGCCUCUGGUUACCGUGCUCUUGGCAUGAACAAGGGCGACCGCAUCCACAUCUUUGCCUCUACCAGCCCUUGGUGGCUGGCCACUGCUUACGCCGCCUCCUCUCAAUCCAUGCCCAUCGUCACCGCCUACGACACACUCGGUGAGGAGGGUCUCAUGCACUCUCUCAAGCAGACUCACGCCAAGCUCAUCUUCCUCGACCCUCAUCUCCUCACCAAGCUCAUCAACCCCCUCAACGAGACCAAGGAUAUUCAAUAUGUCGUUUACAACAGCCACAUGGAAGUCAAGAAGGACGAUAUUGAGAAGCUCAAGAACGCUCACCCCCACCUGACCAUUCUCAGCUUCGAUGAGCUCACCAAGAAGGGUGAGGAGAACAUGGUUGACCCAGUUCCUCCCCAGCCCGAAGACCUUUGCUGUAUCAUGUACACCUCCGGCUCUACUGGAACUCCCAAGGGUGUCCUCCUCAAGCACAAGAACGUCAUUGCUGCUAUUGCUGGUGUUGACGCCAUCGUUGGUCCUUACCUUGGUCCUGGUGACGGUCUUCUCGCCUACCUCCCUCUUGCUCACAUCCUUGAAUUCGUCUUCGAGAGCGCCUGCUUCUACUGGGGUGGUACUAUGGGUUAUGGAAACCCAAGAACCAUCUCCGACGCUUCGGUCCGCAACUGCAACGGUGACAUUCGCGAGUUCAAGCCUUCAGUCCUGAUCGGUGUUCCUGCAGUAUGGGAGACCGUAAAGAAGGGUAUCGUGUCAAAGGUCGACAAGACUGGUGGUAUUGCCAAGCAGCUCUUCUGGGCUGGUAUGGCCGCAAAGAGCACCAUGAUGCACCACUCCAGCCUGCCUUUCACCGGUCUCGGCACCAGUGUUAUGGACUCUGUUAUUUUCAGCAAGAUCAAGGAGGCCACAGGAGGUAGAUUGAGAAUUUGCAUGAAUGGUGGUGGUCCAAUUGCAAAAGACACCCAACGCUUCAUCUCAAUGGCCAUCGCUCCUCUGAUCAGUGGCUAUGGUUUGACCGAGACAGCUGCCAUGGGUGUUAUCAUGGAUCCUCUUGCCUGGACCGACGAGGCUCUUGGUGGUCUUCCUGCCUCAAUCGAGGUUAAGCUUGUCGAUUUCCCCGAUGCUGGCUACUACUCAACCAACAACCCUCCUCAAGGUGAAAUCUGGAUCCGUGGUGAUUCUGUCACCGACGGCUACCUCGAUCUUGAGAAGGAGAACCAGGAGUCGUUUGAGGACGGCUGGUUCAAGAGUGGUGAUAUUGGUGAAUUUGACAAGAACGGAAACCUCAGAAUCAUCGAUCGUAAGAAGAACUUGGUCAAGACCCUGAACGGCGAGUACAUCGCUCUCGAAAAGCUUGAGUCCAUUUACCGUGCCAAUCACGUUGUUGGCAACAUUUGCGUGUACGCGGAUCAGAGUAAGAACAAGCCUAUCGCCAUCAUCGUCCCCGCCGAGCCUGCUUUGAAGUCUUUGGCUUCCGACAAUGGCUGCAAGUCGGAUGAUCUUGAGGAAAUGUGCCACGACAAGAAGCUCAACGAAGCUGUCCUAAAGAACUUGCAAGCUACUGGAAAGAAGGGUGGUCUUGCAGGUAUUGAGAUCAUCGAGGGUGUUGUCCUUGCCCCUGAUGAGUGGACUCCCCAGAACCAGCUCGUCACCUCAGCACAAAAGCUCAACCGCAAAAACAUUCUUGAGAAGUACAAGAAGGAGGUUGACCAAGCAUACAGCUCAUGA